UGCUCAAGGAAACUACAGCAGGAGGUGAGACUUGAACCUUUGGGUCCAAAGGCAACGGUUCUAAUCACUACAAUAUCAGCUGUCGGUAUGGUGACUACGGGACGCAACAAGAUAGGACAAAAUUGCCUUUACUUGCUGAGGAGGCUCAGAUCCUUUGAAGGAUGAAGGACUCUUGUACCUCUUGGUUGUUGUGGUGCAGUCUUUUCUGCAGCGGAAGCCUGGGGCAGCAGCUUGACCAAAGGUGAUGGAAAUCGGAUCAACAAGCUCAUCAGGAAGGCUAGCUGAGUCCUGGGAGAGAAGCUGGACUCCCUGGUGGAGAUCACUAAGGGAAAGACUCCGAAUAAACUCUUUCCCAUCACGGACAGCGACUCGCAUCCGACCGCCACCUUGUUUAAACACGGGUGCGCUUUCGGCAAGAGCCUGGCCUAGAUGUGAUGUUCCAAGGAGCUACCGGGGUCGUUUCUUCCAGCAGCCAUCAGGCUCUACAAUGAGUCUUCGUGCUGUAGGGGUGGAGAAUGACCUGUUGCGAACAAAGCUCAAUGUCACUUAGUCAGUAUCACACCUCACUUCCCUCCACUCUUCAUUCUCUUGCAUUAAAACGUGUUUGCUUAGUUAUUCACCUAUUAUUUAUGUAUUUACUAAUUUACAUGCUUUCCUGUUGAGUUGUUUUAGCUACGUAUGUAUAUGCGUUCGUCACGCGUGUGACGUCGUGCGCUGUUGCAACAGAGUUGAAUUUUUUACUCGGAAUAAUAUAGUUUAAUUCGUUCACAAUUGUUUGUGAUGUUACUUGGCCGUAUUUCCCCCGCAGGCAUUCUGUCACGUUGGCUGCGGCAGAAGGGUCACGUCCCCCCCGCUGUAGCUCCCUGCAGGAUGGAGAGCGACUGCAGGAUUUCUGUGUGCUGCCUUAGACCCCGAACGCUGGCCCUGCAUUUGCUUUUCUGGGGGCUCAUUUCUCUCAGAGUGUUUGGAGCAGCUCUGUUGGGAGAAGAAAAGGCAUCAGUGGUGGAAACUGUGGCCACACCCUGCUGGCAAGUGGAGGAGUUUGUGGUUUCCACCGAGUGUACCCAGUGCAGCACCUUCCAGUCGAAGUCUUUGGUUGCUUGCAACCCCACUGGAUACGUGGAGAAGAUCAAUUGCGGGAAGUCCAACAAAGAUGAGUACAAGAGCUGUCGCUCCACAGUGGUGGAAGAGCGACUCUUCUGGAAGUUUGAAGGAUUUGUGAUGGGCCUGACGGUGAUCUUUGCCCUCCUUGUGGUUCUGCGGCAACGGUCCCUGGACCGCCAGGCUUCGGAGAAGGUGCGCAGGCAGAUCGAGUCCAUCUAAGUGAGGACAGCACCUGCUUCUGAUUUACAGGGUGAAAAGGACCAGGUCAUCUGCAUUGUGAAUGAACCCGGAUUGAGCCUCACUCAACAAUGGACUCCAAAUGAGAUUUGAGUUUGCGAAAAUGGAUUAAAUUUUAGGUAUCUGCUCUCGUAAAACUGGAUAAAAAAUGUAACAUCCAGCGUUGAGAAAGGAUAUUUUUACUAGUUUUUCUGUGAACUCAUCAAUCGGUUGAGGGCGCCGGGUUGGGAUUACACCGAGCCUCGGUACAGAACUAUGGGUAAGACCAACUGUGUGCCAUAACGGAGCAAGAGUGAACCUCCGCAGACUGAAUCUUUGACGAAAUGCCGUAACGAGAGCUGAAGAAGAGAUUGACAUCCCUGUGCCGAGGAGAGCUCUCCAGGAAAUGUCAGAGGAAAAGCGAAAGGAAAGACUGUGGGUCGUGUGCAAGUGCUCAUUUCCUCUGUUUACCGAUAUCGUCGGGGAAUGGGCACUUUUUUAAUGUCUGAGGGUCUUUGUCAAUGUGUCGUCACUUUACAUUCUUCUGUUGGAACAACUUCUUCUGUUGGAAAUGCCAGUAUUUAAAAAAAAAAAGAAAAUAAAUUAAUCUUUCAUCUAUCGUUCAGGUAUAGGUCAGCA